AUGCAAUACUCUAUAAGCUCGUAUUUCAGAGGUAACAAUUACAGUACUUACACGGAACUUGCAUAUAAAGAUAUUUACAAAGCCGGUAAAACUAGUAUGGUUAGUAAAGCCGUCAAGGUUAUCACCAAAUCAAAUACUUCCUUUAAUGCUAUUGAAGAUGUGAUAUCAAUACCUCUUACCUCUAUUGAUGACCUUGCAAAUGUACCAUUAGUACAUUUAAUUCGAGAGAAGCUAUCCCUAGAGUCUGGAGUAAAACUUAUCUCCCGAAUUUGCCAUGAUAUUGUGAUCUGCAUUCCAUAUGAUAAUAUUUAUAGUGUCGAUUAUUUGAUUAAACAAUUAUACAUACGAAUGCGAAGCGUCCCAACAGGAAUGACUGCUAUAUUCGCAUUUCGUCACUUUAAAAAAAUUUGUACUAGCAAAUCUGGAGAGAAAUAUAUACCUGUCAAGGACGAGUUUAACAGCAACAUCUAUAGUUUUGAAGCUGAGACCGCUAGAAUUGAUAUUACUGACGAUAACAACUGGGAUGUGAUUAAUAACAACGGCAGUGAAUCUUACCCUAUAUUUGCCCAUAAUAUAAUUAUACCGAGAACUUUCCAUACAUCACUAUUACCAGAGUUAGCAAAACGUUACAGAGGAGGUAGAUUUCCAAUUGUUUGUUGGAAGGAAAAAGAUACUAAUUGUUUCCUGCUAAGAUCGGCUUAUAUGAUAGAAUCAAGAGAUGAUAAAUAUUUAGUACAGUUAGAUGAAUGUCGGUGGCUACAAAUGAUAAGUAAGAUCAUUCAGAAAGCUGUGGAAAUGGCUUUAAUAAUUGCCAAGUGCUCAGCUUCAGUAAUCGCCAGCUUUGAAGAUGGGCAAGAUUUUACCGCUCAGGUUACUAGUUUAACUCAAUUACUGCUCGACCCAUACUAUAGAACAAUGGAUGGCUUUCAAGUCUUAAUUCAAAAAGAAUGGUCAGAAAUUGGCCACCCAUUUUGUAAGCGCAAUCUGCCUUUCCUUCGUAGAGAUAAGGAAGCUGAAGGACCCGUAUUUAUUCAAUGGCUGGACUGUGUUUACCAGAUAGUAACUCAAUUUCCUUAUUUGUUUGAAUUUACUCCGAAUUUCCUCCAUGAUAUAGCAUAUCACGUUUAUUCAUGUCGCUUUGGAACAUUCUUGAGUAAUGACGUCUUUGACGAUGAGAAGACUUUAAUUACUGAAUAUAAAGAACUGUGUAAUACAUUGGACAUCAAAUUUGAUAAGAAAUUGUAUAUUGAUGCGCAUCUUAAUAAUAAUGAGCGAUGUUUGGCUGAAUUAUUUCAAAUAAAACCUAUUCGAAAGGUUAUGCUUAAGAAAAAUGAAAGAAAUAUAAAUCUUGAAUACGAAGAGGAGGAUAACCCACAGUCUUGGAAAACUGCUCCUAAUAUUGAUUUGCACUAUUCAAAUGAAAGCUUAACUGAUUCAAAUGGUACCCCGGAUAAUUCUCUACGCCGUCAAACAAUCAAUUUUGUUUAUAUUUUACAACGAAAAGGUUCAAAGUGUUAUUUAAAUAGAAUGAACCAAAACGACAAUGGUUAA